CCCUCCGCCCCCACUCGGAAGUGACUCUAGGUCUGUCGAAGGAAAAAAGGGGUCUGUCAUUGGCCCACCAAACAAAAAAAGUGAUCAUUCAACAGAGUUAUGGGCGAAUCUAGGAUCUAAAAACCUGCUGGUAAAACUCCAAAAUUUUCAUGGAUAGGGGAAAAGCUUGAUUUAUGCCUCAAGAUCUAGCUCCUGGAAUCGGUUUGCGAUAUACGGAUCCACUUUAGGCUGUAAGUGCAGUUCUCGACUCAUGUAGAUGUGAUGUGUAAGAUUGGCAUGCAAUUCUGCCAUGCGGGAAGAUGUAUGAAAUGAUUUGUCACGAGGUAACCUGUAACAAAUUAGUUUGGCAGGUGUUAUAUCUUCUUGAAAUAAGUGAAAGAUUAUUCUUUACGCUGCAAAAUUUGUUCGUACUCGACAAAAGUACAAGUGAAGAUGUUUUUUCAUCGGUAAACACAUUCGAUUACUGUACAAAUCACACAAAUCCGAUGCAUCUUGGCCGGUAGGGUUUUCUUUCGCGUGCUUGACCUGCCUUGGACGGCCAGCCCGAGGAGCGAUGACGGAGAGCCGAGCCGAGCCGCGGCGCGAUCGGCUGACACGCUCACAUGAGCUGACCUCGGACACGCUGCGCUCGUACAUCCACCAGCUGUACGGCGGCGAGCGGGAGCGCCACUCGGCUCCGUCAGGCUCGGCCCCGCAGCGCGCGCGCGAGGCGGCCGCCUCCACCAGCCGCGCCAGCCGGCUCUCCGAGCAGCGGCCCGCCUUCUGGCACGGCAGCCUGGCUAAGGUGCGCGGCUCUGUCAGCCGCCAGCUGAGCAAGGAGUCCAAUCCGCCCGCCGAGGUCAUCGACCGUGUCAUCGCCAAUAAGCUAGAAACGCUGACCAAGGUCAAACCGACCGACAGCCUGCCGGAGUUGACCAUUCGCAACGUGGCGAGACAUGAUAAAAGGUCCGCGCGACCCGUCAGCAGCCGAGAGAAGCAGCAGCGCAUCGCCGCCUGGCUGCUGCAGGUGGAGCGCGCCCUGGGCGACCGGCGCCGCCAGCAGCUGGGCCAAGACAGACUCGAGACCUGA